UCUCCAACAGUCCAACCCAUUGAAUUACUCUAAUUGCCAAUAACUGAAUAACUCCUCCUCCUCUCUUUCACUGUUCGUUCUCCAUUGAAGCGCAUUUGACGUUCAUUGAAGCGCACUUGACGUUCUCCAUUGAAGCCCCUUCUAGUACUUGUAUCUUCCAUUGAAGCAGCUUCUGAGCUGCAGGAAAUUCAGUGAUUGGUUUCGUGUAAUCGGUGUUAAUCGAUUGAAAUACGAUGAAUUUCGCUGCAUCAUUGUGCAAAAGAGUUAGUCUCCGAGAUUUGGUCGCAAAUGUUCCUGCUUAUGCAGGUGCAACUGAUGCAUCUGGAACAGGCUUGGCUUUAGUGUUUAGGAGGUGGGCUACUAAGAAGACGGCUGGAUCAUCGAAAAAUGGAAGAGAUUCCAAGCCUAAAAACCUUGGAGUGAAGAAAUUCGGAGGCGAGAGAGUUAUACCUGGUAACAUCAUUGUUCGGCAGAGAGGAACCCGUUUCCAUCCUGGAAAUUAUGUUGGGAUUGGAAAGGAUCACACCCUAUAUGCAUUGAAGGAAGGAAAUAUUAAAUUCGAGACACAUAAGCUGAGUGGUCGCAAGUGGGUGCACAUUGAGCCCAAGGACGGACACACGCUCCAUCCUGUUUAUGGAGACAUUCAGAGCCCUCAACUGGAGACUGCUGCUUAGAGCCUUAGAAUGCUUAGUUCAACAUUGAAGAUGAUGUAAACUCUGUCAAAUUAUGUUAUCUGUAUUUUAGCAUUGCUUCACUCCAUUCCAAUCUUUCUCAGUUUAAUUGCAGAUAGUUUGCGUUGAUGCUCACUCAAAUCUGAAUUCUGAUUGAGUUCUAAUCUCAAGUGUCAUUUUGCUCCUCCCUUGCA